GGGCAGGGGCGGAGCCCGCCUUUCUCAGGGUGGUGGGCGGGCCUCCGAGGAUGCUCUGCUCCCUGCCCCCAGCCCGAAGUGCCACCGUGGCGUUGGUGGCGGUCUCCAGACUGAACAUUUUUGGCCCCGAGGUCCUCACAUUUGCAACCUGUAAUCCGGACGCCGAGAGCCGCCCUACUGGGAGCCGCCCGCCGGCCUCUCUGCGGCCGCUAGCCAGUUCAGACCGCUAAUAACCAGGCUCCUCGCCGGUUCAAGCACCUGCAGUGGGAGGGAGGGGGCCAGAUGUGGGAUGGCAGAUGGAAACACUUAUAGACUCUUCCGUGGAGAGACUGGGUGGGCACAGCUGCACACUGCCCCGGAGGAAGCCGGCCUGCCCUGCAGAAGCGCCCACACAGCACCGUCAAACUUCUCAGCAACAGAAUCCCUUCUUCCCAUCACGCGUGCAGCCGUUUGCCGCUCUCAGGAACUAGAUCAGAUGAGACAGGACUUAGGGGUUCAGCCAACAGUUUGAGCUCGGUUUCCCCCACCCCUACUCUCCGUGUCUCGUUCUCAUGCCCUUGCUUUCCCGGCUCUGGUGUCUGGUCGUGGCUGCUGUGUGCAUUCACUGUGACUCUGGACUAGAGUAGAAGGAAAAGGCCCAGGGAGGGACCCUGGGCGACUGGAUAAAAUUAUCGGCCCCAGAACCUGCAAAGAAGGCGGGUGUUCGACGUCUAGGGGCGGGGAGAGGGGGCGGAGGAGCUUCUCUUUGAAUCUUAGUCUCCCGACAAAAGCAGGGGUGGCUAGCGGGUCUGCUUGGCCGUGCAUGCAACUCUUUUCGUUCCCCUGCCGGUUCUUUGGGAUUGGAAGUCACAGCUGUUACGAAAGGCACUAGGGUGCCACCUACGCUCUGAUGCCCCGAGUGCUCACAGGGCUUCCAGCUAACCAUGCUGCACCUACCUUGGCGCUGCCCCUGCUACUACUGUUCCUGCUGGUGCUGUGGACCCCGCUCCCCGUUAGCGCGAGGCGGUCCGCAGGCUCUGAUUACCUGCGGCGAGGCUGGCUGCGGCUACUAGCCGAGGGCGAGGGCUGUGCUCCCUGCCGGCCAGAAGAGUGCGCUGCGCCGCGGGGCUGCCUAGCUGGCCGGGUGCGCGAUGCGUGCGGCUGCUGCUGGGAAUGCGCCAACCUGGAGGGCCAGCUCUGCGAUCUGGACCCCAGUGCCAACUUCUACGGGCGCUGCGGCGAGCAGCUCGAGUGCCGGCUCGACGCGGGCGGUGACCUGAGCCGAGGAGAGGUGCCGGAGCCGCUGUGUGUCUGUCGUUCACAGCGCCCACUGUGUGGUUCCGACGGCCGUACCUACGCGCAGAUCUGUCGCCUGCAGGAGACCGCCCGCGCUCGGCCCCACGCUAACCUCACUGUGGUGCACGCAGGCCCCUGCGAAUCGGAGCCCCAGAUCGUGUCCCAGCCUCACAAUAUUUGGAAUGUGACGGGGCAGGAUGUGAUCUUUGGCUGUGAGGUGUUCGCCUAUCCCAUGGCCUCCAUCGAGUGGAGGAAAGACGGCUUGGACAUCCAGCUGCCAGGGGAUGACCCUCAUAUCUCUGUACAGUUUAGGGGUGGACCUCAGAAGUUUGAGGUGACUGGCUGGCUACAGAUUCAGGCUUUGCGUCCUAGUGAUGAGGGCACCUACAGCUGCCUUGCCCGCAACGCCCUGGGCCAAGUGCAAGCCUCUGCUACUCUGACAGUGCUCACACUAGACCAGCUGAACGCCACAGGAUUCUCCCAGCUGCAAUCAAUGAGUUUGGUUCCUGAGGAGGAGGCAGAAAGCGAAGAGGAUUACUACUAGGUCCAGAUCUCUGAUUGGCGGGUGUGGGUGGGUGGAUAGAGUAUCCACCCUGCUGUGGAGAAGAUGUACAGAGGCUGGAAAGGGCAGGCCAUAUGCUCCCAUGGACUGUUUGAUGCUCGGUUUUAUAGCCUCAGUUUCCCUUUCCUCAAAACCCAUCUCCCAGAAGCGUCCCACCUCACCGAGUUCCUAGGGCACUUACUAACCAUAGUCCUUUCUUCUGUGAGCCCAGUGGGGCUGACUUAGUUCCGUGUAGUGAGGGUGGGGCAGCCCCAUGUCUUGUACCGUUAUAAUGGACAAAACCCACCUAGCAUAUGACUAGAAACAGUGGGCACCAAUAAAAAUACAGACAAACUGA